CCCCUUUUUUUAUUAUUUGUGUUUGUCAAAUCGGAUUUUUCGCUUCAAUUAAGCGCCAACCAAGGAAAUUUUCGACUUAUCGAUAGAUAAAAUCCCAUGAAAUGUCCAAAUGGCCUGCAGCCCUAGUUCACGUAUUCGCCAAGGAAUCAGAGUCCAACCAGAGUUCUGAAAUAGCUUGAAUAUAUUAAAAGUUGAGUUAAAAUGAGAGCCUAAACGAACAAGUAAAAAGAAAGAGUACAAUAGUAAAAAUAAAAAAAAUAUCUAAUACAGAAAAAUUGAUCAGUUGAUAUUAAAUAUUUUCAAAAUUCUCAAUAAAAUUACCGCGCGAAUGUCUGUCACCCCUGGUAUAUCCAUCUCGUUAUUUUUGCCAGCCCUUUUACUUGCAUUUCAUUUUUGCAUUUGUUUACAUCACCGGUUGUCUGUAAUUUGCAGUUAAUAGCAAGAUGCGUUUGAUUUACGCAUGCUUUGUGAUACUACUGUGUGCGAUAAUCUUUUGCGAAUACGUGGCCGACUUUGUGGUACUACAAAACUGCAAAUGGCCCGAAAUACGCCGCAAGAAAUAUGUGGAUGAUCCGCUGCGAGCGAUGAUUAUAGCCGAUCCCCAUUUGCUUGGCCCGAAUCAUGGCCAUUGGAUGGACAAGUUAUAUCGUGAGUGGCAUAUGAAACGUUCGUUUCAAGCCGGCUCCAGGUUGCUACAGCCGGACAUUGUUUUUGUGCUCGGUGAUUUAUUCGACGAGGGCGACAUGGUCAAUGAUCAAAACUUUCAUAAAUACGUAAUGCGUUAUCUGCAAAUGUUUAAUCUGCCUGCUGGCAUACCGCUAAUCAGUGUAGUAGGCAACCACGACGUGGGCUUCCACUACAAGAUGCAUCCCUAUUUUAUGGAUCGUUUCGAGCACUAUUUAAACUACUCCAUGGUGCAUUUGUAUACCAUUAAGCAAAUACACUUUGUUAUGAUCAAUUCCAUGGCCAUGGAGGCAGACGGCUGCAGAUUUUGCAGUGAGGCCGACAGUGCGCUGCAGACUAUAUCGAGCACUCUGUUUUGCAUGCAGCAUCCGCAUGUGGCGGAAUGCGCACGGACGCGUCGUCAUCCUUAUAGCCAGCCGAUCGUAAUGCAACACUUUCCCACGUAUCGAAUAUCGGAUAAGGUGUGUCGAGAGCAUGAUGCGCCAGUCAUCGAGGCGUUUAGAGAGCGUUAUCAUGUUCUCUCCAAAGAGGCGACCGAUACGAUAGGCGAUCUUUUGAAGCCAAGACUUGCCUUUGCUGGGCAUUCGCAUUACUAUUGCCACAAUAUCAAUCGACUGGGGAUAGAUGAGUAUACGGUGUCGUCCUUUAGCUGGCGCAAUAAUGUAAAUCCCAGCUUUAUGCUGGCCACCAUUACACCCGAUGACUAUGCGGUUUUCAGAUGCAAAAUGUUGCCACAGCAAUUUGUAAUCAAUAGCUACCUAAGUGCAGUCUUUGCGUGUCUUGUGCUCUUCGCCUGCCAGAUAAAAAACUAUUGGAGCAGCAAGAGGCUAGCAGCGACGGAGAUAGCCCAUUCGAAGCAACAUUAACUACAGUAUGAAAUAAUCGUAGAUUUGUGAUUCUUGGCCAAAGUAUAGAGGCUUAAAUUUAAAUAUCUAGCUAACAUAAUAUGUUGUAGAAUAUGCGCUCAAUCCCUAGACUCUCAUAUCAAUAACAAUGAAACUUUAUAUAUACA